AUGAAGGUACUCGUAUCCAGCUCAGCGCCCAAUGGCUAUCUGCCCGGCACGAACAGCAACAAUAGGGCCUACAGUGAUAAUACAGACAAUGCCAAUACAGCUUCAGCUUCUACAGGCGCCGCCCCACUAGGGUCGCGGUACCGCGAUGAGGAUCUCCCACCCUACGAAGAGACGCCGCUGAUCCCUGCGGUCGCUGGAGCGAAGCAACUCCCAAAGCGACAACCAGAAGUCCGCAGACGUUGGUACCAGCCGCCUCCCGAUCUCCCGUUCUCGGGUCAUGAUGGUGGCAAUAGAAGGGUCUACACCAGGUUCCCCGAUUACUCCACCGAUGCGGAAACUCUCAGGCAAAUGGUUUACGAACAAGCCUCAUAUCCACCUACAUACUAUAUGGAAUUAACGGGCACACAUAUCGAAACCACUUAUCGGGGGGGGAAUGGGCUGCCGCCCUCGAGUAAUCACCGUCGCUCUUCCCAAUCCAGCGCGAACAGCGGCACAAAAUCCGAAAACACCAUCACCGACUUCUUCAUCCGCAUUAACAUCACCCAUCUUCUGACACCGGGGCCCAAUGUUGGCGGCGAGCUUUUGCUCCUAGCAGAUGAUCAGAAAGGGUAUCGAGGGGGAUGCAUAAAGCGCUGCACACCAAGUAUCGGGUCUUCGGACAUCGAGAACCAGCAUGAUGAGUUGAAAGCAUGGUGUGAUAAGUACGUCGCAGAUCCCUCAAGACUCAAAUCUUUCACGUUGACCCGGCAAGUCAUCAACCAUGAUACGGAAAAACUCGACUCCCUUCUCCGCUCCCUCGUCGCAUCGACGAAUUAUAGGGGCAAGGUCUCCAUUCACUUCCCCAUUGCACACGGCAGUGUCACGGUUUACAGCCCAGGAAUACUCAAUAAGUGGCGCAUGACGACCUGGAUCCGCUGGUUUUUCUACCUCACCUUCCUCUGGAUUUUUAGUUGGCUGUUCUUGUUCAUUGGAACCGCUAGAUACGAAACUGUGAUGGUUGUCUUUCCUUAUGCGGAUAUAUCGCCAGAGGAGGGAAAUAUGGGGUUCCCACGAAGGUCAACGGUUAUGAGCGAGACAACCUGGUUCGAUCUGUGGAAGCAGGCAAUCAGACGAGGCGUAUUAGGGAGGCUUAACUGUGGGCAGGGAGAAAUAAACGAUGAAUAUAGGCUUGCCACAGAGGAGGUUGCCGCGAGGGGGGCGGGCCACGGCGGCGCCGCGAUAGUGUAUCCGGAUGGCGUGGAAGGAUUAUUUGGUGUGGGUACGCAGUUUGCAGGUCAGUGGCAAGAGCGGGAGAGUUGGGGGUACGAUUGUUAG